GUCAUGGACUUCUCCAGGCUCCUCCUCUACCACUCCCACUCCCUCGCUGGCCCCCCCCACAAGGGCUAGCGUUUGCUCCUCGGGCUCCGAGGGGGUGGGGCUGCUGGGAAUGGCUGUUCGCCCUUCUCCUCCUCUGCCCGGCUCCCUAUUUUACCUGAAGAGGCAAAGAUCUUGCCCACAGUGCACAUGGGGCAUGGAGGAGAAGACAACGGCACAGUCCGGGGCCAGCGGGGCCAGCCGGGAGCUGCCAGGCCCCCGGAGGAUAUCUGCGGUCCAGUACUUCAAUAUUGCAGUGGACCAAAAUCACAUCCUUCCCGGGGCCCUCCGGCUCAUCCAGGAGCUGCGCCCGCACUGGAAGCCCGAGCAAGUUAAGACCAAGCGCUUCACUGAUGGGAUCACCAACAAGCUGGUGGCCUGCUUUGUGGAAGAUGACAUGAAGGAUGCAGUGCUGGUCCGUGUUUAUGGGGAGCGGACAGAGCUUCUGGUGGACCGGGAGAAUGAAGUCAGGAACUUCCAGCUCCUUCGGGCCCAUGGCUGUGCACCCAAACUUUAUUGUACCUUCCAAAAUGGCUUGUGCUAUGAGUUUCUCCCAGGCAUGGCUUUGGGGCCUGAGCAUAUCCUUGAACCCCAACUCUUCAGGCUGAUUGCCCGGGAAAUGGCGAAAAUCCAUGCCAUCCAUGCCAAUGGCUGCCUGCCUAAACCUGGCCUGUGGCCCAAGAUGUACAGCUAUUUCACUCUUGUCAAGAAUUCUUUCAAUCCCAGCCUUUCCCAGAGCAUACCCAGUGUGGAAGUCCUCGAACAGGAAAUGGCCUGGUUGAAGGAGCACCUUUCCCAGCUGGAUUCUCCCAUAGUGUUUUGCCAUAAUGACCUGCUUUGCAAGAACAUCAUCUAUAAUGAAAAGAAAGGUCAUGUCAGAUUCAUAGACUAUGAAUAUGCUGGCUACAAUUACCAAGCCUUUGACAUUGGCAACCACUUCAAUGAGUUUGCAGGUGUGAAUGAGGUGGACUAUAGUCUCUACCCCAGCCGGGAGACUCAACUUCGAUGGCUGAAUUACUAUCUGCAGGCCCACAAGCAGCUCUGCAAGGAAAGCCGGGGUGGAACAGCUGUGACGCCCAGAGAAGUGGAGAAGCUCUAUGUACAAGUUAACAAGUUUGCUCUGGCCUCUCAUUUCUUUUGGGCAUUCUGGGCUCUCAUCCAGAACCAGUUCUCUACUAUCGACUUUGACUUCCUCAGAUAAGGAUCUCAGGGCAACUGACUUGCUGAGCAUCCCACCAAGAAGCCCGUAUCAGAGACAGAAUUUGAAUCCAGGUCCUCUGACUUCAAACCCCUAACUCAAGGACUUUCAGGGUCUUCCCUGGGCACUGACAAGAGAAAGAUUGGGAGACUUGUCUUGGAAAAACAUCCAUGAACCUGGCAAUCCUAUAUUCCAGGGUUUAUAAAAUUCUUUCUUCACAGUCCCAAGGGAGUGCUUGUACUGUUACCAUUUUACAGAUGAGAACACUGAGGACCAUAUGAAAUGUUUACUCAAGUAUUUGUACCCUGAGGACUGAUUUAUGUCAUCAGGACUUGGGAAAAUGCCUGACACGUAGUAGGCAUUUAAUAAAUGCUUUAAAUAAAUAAAACUGACUUAGGAAAAUGCCUGACACGUAGUAGGCAUUUAAUAAGUGCUUUAAAUAUAUAAAACUGACUUAGGAAAAUGCCUGACACGUAGUAGGCAUUUAAUAAGUGCUUUAAAUAUAUAAAACUGACUUAGGAAAAUGCCUGACACGUAGUGGGCAUUUAAUAAGUGCUUUAAAUAUAUAAAACUGACUUAGGAAAAUGUCUGACACGUAGUGGGCAUUUAAUAAGUGCUUUAAAUAUAUAAAACUGACUUAGGAAAAUGCCUGACACGUAGUGGGCAUUUAAUAAGUGCUUUAAAUAUAUAAAACUGACUUAGGAAAAUGCCUGACACGUAGUAGGCAUUUAAUAAGUGUUUUAAAUAUAUAAAACUGACUUAGGAAAAUGUCUGACAUGUAGUAGGCAUUUAAUAAAUGCUUUAAAUAAAUAAAACUGACUUAAGAAAAUGCCUGACACGUAGUAGGCAUUUAAUAAGUGCUUUAAUAUAUAAAACUGACUUAGGAAAAUGCCUGACACGUAGUGGGCAUUUAAUAAAUGCUUUAAAUAAAUAAAACUGACUUAAGAAAAUGCCUGACACGUAGUAGGCAUUUAAUAAGUGCUUUAAUAUAUAAAACUGACUUAGGAAAAUGCCUGACACGUAGUAGGCAUUUAAUAAGUGUUUUAAAUAUAUAAAACUGACUUAGGAAAAUGUCUGACAUGUAGUAGGCAUUUAAUAAAUGCUUUAAAUAAAUAAAACUGACUUAAGAAAAUGCUUGACACGUAGUAGGCAUUUAAUAAGUGCUUUAAAUAUAUAAAACUGACUUAGGAAAAUGCCUGACACGUAGUAGGCAUUUAAUAAGUGCUUUAAAUAUAUAAAACUGACUUAGGAAAAUGCCUGACACGUAGUAGGCAUUUAAUAAAUGCUUUAAAUAAAUCUGACUUAGGAAAAUGCCUGACACAUAGUAGGCAUUUAAUAAAUGCUUUAAAUAAAUAAAACUGACUUAGGAAAAUGCCUGAUGCGUAGUAGGCAUUUAAUAAAUGCUUUAAAUAAAUCUGACUUAGGAAAAUGCCUGACACAUAGUAGGCAUUUAAUAAAUGCUUUAAAUAAAUAAAACUGAUUUGGGAAAAUGCCUGAUGCGUAGUAGGCAUUUAAUAAAUGUUUUAAAUAAAUAAUAACUGCCAGCACUGGGAAUUUGAACCCUCCUUACUGAUUCCGAGUCCAGAGCUCUCCGAGACUGUGCCGAGGUACCUGACACUCUCCUAGGCUUCCCCCACCUUGCAGCGCUAAGCCAUAGAUUGGAGUUGUGGAUUGUAGAAUGAAACUGUGAACUCCAAGUUCUGACACUGGGGGAAUGUCCAUGAGGGCCCGAGAUUCUGGGAGCCCCUCGACUUCCUCCCUGAUACUGCCCCCUACUCCCUGUCUCC